AUGCAAAAACCCGGUCCACGCGACGACGAGCCAUUGUUCGACUUGAACCAGCACACCUUACCGCCAUAUCAACCUCCUUACCUUCCGUCUCAAGCUUUGUCAGCUGUACCCUUGUUGUCAAUAAAGCAAGCGCUGUCACCUCUUGUCAUGGGCAGUGUCAAAGAAGAGAAAGGAGCACUCGACUACUUUCCAUGCAUGUCAGUCGAUGGACAGAAGCACCUUCAUGCAAGAAUGUGGAGCACAAGUCUACCAAGCUCCACACCCACCGGAAUAGCUCUAAGGGGCAGAGGCUUCUGGAAGGGUUUGCCGGUCGUGUCGUUUGGGGGGAGGGCUAUCGCCCUCGACUAUGUCAAUGCGCCAAAUGGAUGGGAUCAAAUCACUGGCGGAGAGGUCCCUGUUGAUACCUACAGCAAAGAUCAAGAACCAAGCAAAUGGCUGGUGUAUGGAUAUGGCACAGGCAAGCUCUGCGGAUGGGACAAAUGUUCUGUGCUACCACCCCCAUGGUGGUACCAACCAGGCCUGGAUUAUAUUCUUGCAUAG